AUGGCCGAGGUUGCGAGACGCAUCCCGUCCCAGCCCGACGGCGGCUCGAGCUCGCGCUCCUACAGCCAGUCGCCGCAGAAAAAGUCACACCACCGGUCGGAGUCGCAAUCGAGCCCAAGCAAAAAGGCCGCCGCGAACGGUGUAGACAAGAGGACGUCGGCUUCGUUGCCAAGCUCGCCCUCCAAGGAGGAGAGGAAGAAGCUCGCCAAGCAGAUCCUUGCUACAGGCGGCGACCAGCUGCGCGCCACGCUCAAGCAGCGCGGCAUGCUCCACGCGCUCCUCGCCGACCCGGUCAAGUUUAUAAAGUCGGCGCAGAAGCAGGGUCAGGACUACACCACGCUCGGACUCACGCCUGUCAACGAUGCCAACUUUGCGGCAGCACAGAAGCGAAAGCAGGAGCAGAAGCAGCAUGCGCUCUUGCUUCAUACCGACUCGCCCAAGAUCAACGGCGCCUCGGCGCACGAUGCCGAAGCGACGGCGUCGGCGCCCUCCUCGCCCACCAAGGCCGCCAAGGCCAGGUCGCGCGACCUGUAUCCGUACAAGAUCUCGCUGCGCUUCCCGGGCAAGGUGCGUACGGCUGCGGCGGGGCUGUCGAACUACGGCAACACGUGCUACAUGAACAGCGUCAUGCAGGCGCUCGUGCACACGCCGCCGCUCGCGUUUGCGCUGCUCACGCAGGAGCUCGAUGUGCUGCACGGCGAGUGGGGCGGCAAGCCCAACGCUGCCUUUGACGCCGUGACGGCGAUGCACAGCUUUGCCAAGCGCUCGCUCCAGGGCACCCGCCCCACCAAUGCGCCGCAGGAGUUCAACCGCAACCUCAAGGCGUUUGCCAAGCCGCUCCGGCAGGGACGCCAGGAGGACGCGCACGAGUACCUGCGCUUCCUGCUCGAGGCGCUGCAGCAGAGCUGCCUCGCGCGCGCACCCAAGUCGCUCAAGCCCGACGACCCCGCGCGCCGCACGACGUUCGUGCACAAGACGUUUGGCGGCAAGCUGCGCAGCCGCGUCACGUGCCACAGCUGCGGCCACAACUCGGACACCUUCGACCCCUUCAUGGACCUCAGCCUCGACGUGCGCAAGGGCAUCAACUCGCUCACCGACGCGCUGCGCGCCUUUGUCGCCAAGGACCACCUCACCGGCGCCGAAAAGUACAAGUGCGACAAGUGCAAGCGCAAGGUCGACGCCACCAAGCAGUUCACCAUCGACGCCGCACCGCCCGCGCUCACCGUGCACCUCAAGCGCUUCACCGUCUUUGGCGGCAAGGUGUCGCGCCAGAUCGCCUUUGACGACACGCUCAACAUCGCACCGUACCUCUCGGUCAACAACGGCCCGGCGAGGUACAGGCUGUACGCCACGGUGCACCACUACGGCUCGGGCCCCAACAGCGGACACUAUGUGGCGAGCGUGCGCUCGCCAUCGGGCAAGUGGAUGCGCAUGGACGACAGCCACGUGGCGGAAAUGGGCCGCUCCGGCCCCACCAACGACCAGAGUGCCUACAUCCUCUUCUACCUGCGCGAGAAGGACGAGGCUCUGGAGACGGCGCUUGCGGCCGUCGCGCCCUCCAAGAGCGCGCCGACGUCGCUCGAGGCCAAGAAGCGCAAAAAGGCAGCAGUGCAGGAGACCGUGUCCGAGUCCGAGUCCGACGCGAGUGCGGACGAAUUUGACGACCAAGCGGCCCACCGCGAUCUGCUCAAGCGCCGCAAGGCGAAGAAGGCGGCUGCGCUGCAGGCGCGCGCCGAGUCGGACGACAGCAACGACGACGCUGCGGACAAGCCUGCAUUGGGUGGUCCGAGCGCGAAGCUCGACGAGCUGCUGUCGGCGCGUCCCAAGUCGGCGGCGAGCUUCUACGGCUCGAGCAGCGGUCGGCCUGCGAAUCCGUUCAGCAUGCCGAGCGCCGACGACGAGGAGCUCGGCACGAGCGUCGACCGCGACGAGUACGAGGCGAUCGUGGGCGACUCGCCGCGCAAGCCCACCACGCGCACGAUCGACCCCGAAGCCGAUGAUUCGGAUGACGAUGCCACAGUAGCGGCCGCAGCCUUGUCCAAGAAGGAGAAGCGUCGGCAGAAGAAGGCUGCGCAGGCCAUUGGCGUCGCCAAGGCGGGUCGGGGCGUGCCUGCCUCGCCGUACGCGAGUGCCUUCACGGGCGCCAAGGAGCAGAAGAAGCUGCUCAAGAAGAAGGACAGGAUGAAGGGUGCCGGUGGCUUUGCGGGCCGUAUGAAGCCCAGGCCCUCAUCCUAA